CUCAGGAGUCACAAAAUGAAUGACCUUUGUAGGGGUGUUUUAGUUCGAGUGCCACUGAUAGAUAGUGUUUCCAUGUCCGUAAAUGGGCCAUUUCGAAAAAGAGAGAUUUCAGUAGUAUAAGUCAAUAAUUAGCCAGGAAAGAAAUAAAUAGUAAUAAAUAGGAUAAUUUCUAAGAGACAUUUCUUGUCCUGGAUGAUUUUAACGUUGAAUGGAAUUGUAACCACACAGACAAUAACGAGGAGACUGUGAUACGGUUAAUAGAAACAGCACAUAUACAAUAAUUUGAACCUGAUGUUAUCUAACAAGUUGCUGGUGACAGAUGAGGUUAUGAAGAUGCACAGGGGUCUGACCAUUUUCCAAUGUGGAUAGGGCUAAACCAUGAAAAAUGUAUUUACAAAAGGCAAAAUAAGAGGUUAAUUAAUGAACUAUUAUCUAUAUUUCUCUGCUUGAGUCAAUUAAUCUUUCCGAAUCUCUCAAAGCUACUUGAAAAUACGGACCUCGAAAGGAGCUUCUAGCUUUUGCCGCAAGAGGCGCCACUGUUUGGCUAACAGUUUGAGCGUUUUGCCACUGGAUUAAUUGGCGCUGUAAGGACGCCGGAAGGAGCUUCAAUGUUUCUCCAGAAGAGGUGCUAUUAUCCCUUUCAUAUGCACAAACCAGGAUCGCCUAAAAACAUUAAUUUUGGCAAAAUCAGGGUCUUCUUUUUUCUUUUCUUUUUUACUCAAAGUAGAUACAACUUCAGACAUCUAGAUUCUUCAGCUAUUGGCUGUCGUACACGAAAAGAGGACGCUAUAAUCAGUUUGCAUUCUUUGGUCGGUAAAUCAGUGGACUUAUGCAACGUAAGUUAAUAUACAGUGUUUGAUCUAUUUUUAUAUCUCUUCUGUACUUUUACUUAAUAAAGAAAAUUUUUCAUUAUUAAUAGGGUUAUCUUCGAACUAUAUUUAGAUAUUUUUCUGAUUACCGCAUUGCGAUAUUCAUAUAGGUGGCACUAGUCGUGAACUUUUGGAGGGAUAACGCGAUUCAAUAUGGCGGCGUUUGGUGUUGUGCGUUUGUGAACGUCAGGGUGAAGACCGGUGUAUAAUACGCGAAUAAUUGUGACUACUAGCACGAAUUUACGCGUACAUUAGGUUGAUUGAAAUUCAACCGGUAGUAAUUACGUACAGCUCUGCAGUUGAGCAAAAUGUCGAAGACAGAUGAGAAUGCAGACACAGGAGAUACGGGAGAUAAUUCAAAUGGAUCAUCGGCGGAGACCACGUCGUCCCGUGGUGGUGGUGACUUCGAAACGAAGCUGGAAACCGAUCGUAGCAAACGUUUUGAUUACUUACUGAAACAAACUGAAAUAUUCUCUCAUUUUAUGACAAACAAUCAGAAGGACAAAGCUGGAAGUCCUUUAAAGAUCAAGGCUGGCAGACCCAGGAAACAACCACAACCACCAGAGAUCCCAGUCAAAACUGAUUCUGGUGAUCACAGGCAUCGUAAGACCGAGCAAGAAGAAGAUGAGGAAUUAUUAGCCGAAAGUAAUGCCAGCGUUGCUCCCACCACGCGUUUUGAAUCGUCGCCACACUACAUUAAAUCCGGUGAGUUACGAGACUAUCAAAUACGUGGUUUAAAUUGGAUGAUAUCCUUAUACGAACAUGGUAUUAACGGCAUCCUGGCGGACGAGAUGGGUCUUGGUAAAACUUUGCAGACCAUUUCGCUGCUCGGAUACAUGAAACACUUCAGAAGCAUUCCUGGCCCUCACAUAGUCAUCGUUCCGAAGUCUACUCUGGCUAAUUGGAUGAACGAGUUCAAAAAAUGGUGUCCUACCUUGAGAGCAGUUUGCCUCAUAGGCGAUGCAGAAACUAGGAACACAUUCAUUAGAGAUGUUAUGAUGCCUGGGGAAUGGGAUGUUUGUGUAACAUCCUACGAGAUGGUAAUAAAAGAAAAGUCAGUAUUUAAGAAGUUCAAUUGGCGCUACAUGGUGAUCGACGAAGCUCACCGAAUAAAGAAUGAGAAAUCAAAGUUGUCAGAGAUUCUAAGAGAAUUUAAAACAGCUAAUCGGCUUCUAUUGACUGGAACCCCUCUGCAAAAUAAUCUCCAUGAGUUGUGGUCAUUGCUCAAUUUUCUAUUGCCAGAUGUAUUUAAUAGUUCGGACGAUUUUGACUCUUGGUUUAAUACGAAUAGUUUCUUAGGUGAUAAUUCAUUAGUUGAGAGACUACACGCGGUUCUUCGGCCAUUCCUCUUAAGACGUUUAAAAUCUGAAGUAGAGAAAGGACUAAAACCGAAAAAAGAAAUUAAAGUUUACAUCGGACUUAGUAAAAUGCAAAGAGAAUGGUACACAAAAGUGUUAAUGAAAGACAUAGACAUCGUAAACGGCGCAGGAAAAAUUGAGAAAAUGCGACUACAAAAUAUUUUGAUGCAGCUGCGCAAGUGUUGCAAUCAUCCAUAUUUAUUCGAUGGUGCGGAGCCUGGGCCUCCUUACACAACCGAUGAACAUCUUGUUUAUAACUGUGGUAAAAUGGUAAUUUUGGAUAAGCUACUACCAAAAUUACAGCAGCAAGAAUCGCGUGUGCUCGUAUUUAGUCAAAUGACGAGAAUGUUAGAUAUUUUAGAAGAUUACUGCCAUUGGAGAUGUUUCCAAUAUUGUCGUUUAGAUGGUAAUACAGCACACGAGGAUAGACAGCGUCAAAUUAAUGAAUACAACGCACCUGGUAGCGAGAAAUUCAUUUUCAUGCUGUCGACGCGUGCUGGUGGUUUAGGUAUUAAUUUAGCAACCGCAGACGUAGUUAUUAUUUAUGAUUCUGAUUGGAAUCCACAGAUGGAUUUACAAGCGAUGGACCGUGCGCAUCGUAUAGGUCAGCAGAAACAAGUUCGUGUAUUCAGAUUUAUAACAGAGAACACUGUAGAAGAGAAGAUCGUCGAGCGUGCCGAAGUUAAACUGCGGUUAGAUAAGUUAGUUAUACAACAAGGACGCUUAGUCGACGCGAAGCAGACGGCAUUGAACAAAGACGAAAUGUUGAAUAUGAUCAGGCAUGGUGCGAACGAAGUGUUCGCAUCAAAAGAUAGUGCUAUAACGGACGAGGAUAUAGACACUAUCUUACAGAAGGGUGAAGCGAAAACGGAGGAAAUGAAACAGAAGCUGGAGAGCUUAGGUGAAUCUUCCCUUCGCAACUUCACGGUGGAUGCGCCUACGGAUUCUGUAUACCAGUUUGAAGGCGAGGAUUAUCGUGAGAAACAAAAGAUCCUUGGACUCGGUAACUGGAUAGAACCACCCAAACGAGAACGUAAAGCCAAUUACGCAGUUGAUGCGUAUUUCAGAGAAGCUCUCAGAGUGUCCGAACCGAAAGCUCCCAAAGCGCCUAGACCACCGAAACAGCCUAUCGUUCAAGACUUCCAAUUCUUCCCGCCACGAUUGUUCGAGCUACUCGAUCAAGAGAUUUAUUAUUUCCGUCAAACCGUAGGCUAUAAGGUUCCAAAAAAUCCUGAACUGGGGUCUGACGCGGCUAGAAUUCAGAAAGAGGAACAGCGCAAGAUAGACGACGCGCAACCGUUGUCCGACGAGGAGGUCAUCGAGAAGGAGAAACUGCUCAUGCAAGGGUUCACGAACUGGACGAAAAGAGACUUCAAUCAGUUCAUAAAGGCGAACGAGAAAUACGGUCGUGACGAUAUUGAAAAUAUCGCGAAGGAAGUGGAGGGGAAAACGCCGGAGGAGGUCAUGGAGUACUCGGCGGUAUUCUGGGAACGAUGCCAUGAGUUGCAGGACAUCGAUAGAGUGAUGGCGCAGAUUGAACGCGGUGAGGCGAAGAUACAAAGGCGGGCUGGCAUUAAAAAAGCCCUGGACGCGAAGAUGGCCAGAUACCGUGCUCCGUUCCACCAAUUAAGGAUAGCGUAUGGUACCAAUAAGGGGAAGAACUACACCGAGGAGGAGGAUCGGUUCCUUGUUUGUAUGUUACACAAAUUAGGCUUCGACAAAGAGAACGUGUACGAAGAGCUUCGGGCUACAGUCAGAUCAGCACCGCAGUUCCGUUUCGACUGGUUCGUCAAGUCUCGCACAGCGUUGGAAUUACAACGACGUUGCAACACUCUGAUCACUUUGAUAGAACGUGAAAACCAAGAGCUGGAAGAACGGGAGAGGCAAGAGAGGCGAAAGAAGGGCGGCAGCAUAGGCGCGAAACCGGCCUCGAAGCGGAAACAAGAGAACCUUCCAGCGCCUCAAGACAAACCACGGAGAAAGAAGAAGUAAGGAAGAAAAUCGUGAAUCACUUUCUCAACUGACCUCUCAAAGAGUACGGACUUGAUUACAGCGAGAACUCUUUCUUUCGAUUCUUUUCCAUCGUUCAUUCUUCUUCCAAACAAUAACCAACAUCAUCGAACAAGUUCAAGCGAACAGUAUUUUGCGUUGUAACUUUGCUCUUGCCCUGAUCACUUCGAAUUGUUUUUCAGUAUAAUGAUAUUGCACUUUCCUGAUUUCAUUCGUAAUCGCAGCCAAUGCUUUGCAAAACGUGAAUCAAUAUCGAUCAGAAGGGAAAUCUAUUUAUUGAUACUAAUCAGUACAACGGAAGGACAGUAUAACAUGGAAAUGCUCGUGGACGUAAUACUGGAAGGCGUCGUUUUUUUUAUUCGAAUACCGAGUGACCAGUUUCAUCUUGAAAACGAAUGUACUUCAAGAACUAUGUAGAUUUAUUAGAGUUUAUUGUGAAAGACUGAAGGAUUAUUCUCGAAGAUAACUUACACGUCUUUUUAAGUGGCAAUCAAGAAACUUUAUGUCACUGAAAAAAAUUAACGAUUGUGAACCGAGCUACAUCGUGUUUAGAAUAUUUACUAUAUUUUUUACCGUACUUUUUCUCUAACUUGAUGGAAUAUCUUAAGUACAUUUGUGCGGGUAAAAGGGCCACCCGGAACACAUUCACGUCGAAGUAACGCUUUUUGGCAUUGUGAAACCGAAGCGAUACCUUUUGAUAUACUUAACCGUCAGAAUUGUUAUGCUCGCUCCUUAUUACACAUGUAUCGCACACAGGACACAACAAAAACGUACCUUGAAUCAAUUUUACACGGGAGUACUUGUAAUGAGAUAUUACGUCAACAGUUUUAUUUAUUUGUUACGAUUUUUAAGGCAUUGUAAUUCGUUUUACGAAUAAACUACCGUAUGCCGCAUCACAUAUAGUAUCUAUUAGUGCAUUGGACUAUAGUUAAUGCAAAAUCAACUAAGUGUUCAAAAUUGCUGAAAAGCCUCAUACGUACCGUACUAUAUUUAAUAACGUCGCACACUUUGUUUUGCGAAUACGAUUGAUUUUGUGUUAGCUAUUAAUAAUUACCCUCGUUUGAAAUUCAAAGGAAAUAAAAAGGAGAAAAUCGCAAAGGGAAUUAAUUAAUUACGAACGUAAACGAUUUGCACAUUUUUUGUAUAGUUAUAUUUAUUGAAUUUUAAAAUCCUUAUCGACGAGUAAGGAAAAAAUAUAAAUCGGGACACUUGUUUCUAAAUCGAGUCUUAGCACGUAAUUAUUAAUAAUAAUUAUACAUAUAUUAUAUUAAAUAUAUAAAUAGUGAAUGUAUUGCUCGAUCGAUACAAAAGAAAAACCGAUCGUUCAAGUUAUAAAUCGAGAAUGAAUAGUUUUUGACUGGCAAUAGGUAUUCGUAACUUUUAUAAAGCGCAGAGAAUCAUGCACAAUCAAUAAACAUUCGUUAUUACAAUG